GGCGGCAUGGGCACUCCCAUAUAAGAAGGACGAAGGUGCUCAUCAUACCAUUUGUAUGGGGGUUAAAAAGCAGUUUUUGUACCUCUAAGGGGGUUGAGACUCAAAAAAUCCACAGCGGGAGCUUUUUGCGGUACCGUUUAGGGUAUUGAGCAGAAAUAAAUAUGACAGGAGAUAGUGCAUUGCUUUAGGUGAAUUGCUACCUGCUACGGGUGAAAAAAACUUCAAGCCACGCCCACAAAACAGGAUCUUGAUACCCCUUAGUUUUCAAAAUUUCCGACGAGCACCCUUGUCCUUUUUCAUAGUGCAUGCUGCUUCUUUCCACACCGUAAAUGACAAAGACAAGCUGUCGAGAACCCAUCGAUCUCAGAAAAAAACACGUUUUUUUUUUCAGCUACUUGGAAAACGAACACAUGCGCCACUGUGUUCCCAGCAAUAUUUCCAGCGGUCUUUUCAACCGUCCAUUGAAGUAUAUCUACACUGACGGCAAACCCAACAUGUCACAGCCGACUGUACAGAACCUGAGUACAGGGGAGAUCCUCAGGGGACCCCAGACGUAUGCCAGUAUUUUGUCCUAUUUCACCACUACUGACAUGACCCCUGAAGAGGUUUACAAAAAAGGAUGGGAAAUGGUGAACGAGACAUACCCUCAGAUACUUUCACUGGCGAAAAGGAUAACAGGAAAACAAGAAACCAAAGCCGCAGUGAAGGAAUUCAAAACCAACAUUACAUCUCAGGACAUGUACUUCAACAAAGAUCCGUUACCAGCUAACGAGACAGGCGAACAGGCAUUCAAACUAUGCAAUUCAGUAGCAGGCGCCAUGAGGUUUUGUCCGAAAAGAUGGGAAACCUUACAGAAGUGGUUCAAGGCCUCUAGGGAGGCCAUGAGUUUCCUCGAACCAAAGACAGUAAACAUGUUUUACUUCACGGGUAAGCAGCAAACCACACCCAGCUGUCCAGUGCAACUCUCGCCUGAUUUCAAUCCAUCCUCUGCUUCUCAAAGUUAUGUCAGUGGUAAUGCAGCUUGCUCUCAAAACUGCAGAUAUUACAUUCCAUUUUUUCUCGAAAACAUGGGUCCAAUCUUCAGUGAAUGGAGUGUCAACGCUCACGAGGCGAGGCCUGGGCACCAUACACAGGCAAGUUUAUGAGUUCUGAACAGGUUUAGGGAG